CAAAAAAAUUAUUAAAACCAACACCGAAAGUGUGCGAAAAAAUUUCGAAGUAAAUUAGUUGAAAAUUAAGUAAAUGUAAACGUGUGUCGUAUAGCAACGUCCCCGUUAACUGCGGUGCAUUGUGCAACGUUAUCUUAUCAACGCCCGUCGCUUCCCACGUCGUCGCGUCCGAAUCUGUGUCAAGCAAAACGGUGGCAACAACAACAAACCGUUUAUGCUCUCAAUCCCCUGUGCACAACCGUGUGAUCAUACAACAACCCCAACAAGUAUUUGAUUCAAUAAAUGGUCCAUUUGUGUAUGUGUGUGUGCGCGUGUGCCUCAGUGUAAGUGAACACCUCUGCGAGAAGUAUACAUAAUUAAUUCAAGGUGUCAACGAGCUGGCAGCAUCAGUUCCGCAUAUUUCAAAUUAUAACGAAAAAGGCGGUCACACCGAAACCAAAAAUCAAAAGCAGCGGUUAUUUUGUUUGUUUUUCAAGGUGAAUAAAAAAGAACAAAAAAAAAACCAGCUUCAAUCAGCUGUUUGGCUGUGUACGCGCAAGCCGUCGAGCGUGCGAGCGAGAUAGCCUGCGUGCGCGCCAAAACGUCACUCGGCCGCACAGUGUGUCCACAUACUGAGAAAAAUAUAUGAAAAUUAAAAAUACAAUAUUUUGGUUUUAGCCAAUUCGAAAAAGUUUUCCAUAGCCAGCUUUUAUAUCGUUUUACAUUUUAAUACGCGUGUGUCCUAUAAAAGUUAAAAAAAAAAAACAACCAAGUGCAAAAUGAGUGAAACAACAGCAAAGGAAAUAAAUGUGAACGCGCCAGCGCAAAUAACUCCGGCAGCAGAAACGGAAGCGGAAACGGAAACGCCGGCCAUGGCGGCUAAAAUAAAGCCGCCCAGCCGAUCAAAUAUACCCACGCCCGCCUCCUCCGUGACCGGGAUACCAACAAAGAUGAAGCCGCCUUCCAAUUUCGCUUCGACUGGAUCCGUAUCGAAAAUCGGGAGACCCUGCUGCACGCACACAACCCCCAAAUCGGGCCCACCGCCCAGAGAUACAAACAUUAUGAGUCGUGAAAGCGAUGACAAUUUGAGUUCGAUCAAUUCAGCGUACACAGAUCUCUAUCAAGAGACUGUCAAGCGCUUUACGCGCUCCUCGCUCUCGCCCUCGUCCGACUGGGAACGCUUCUCGCCCGGCCGCGGAUCGGUCAAGUCUCGCUCCGACAAUGGACGUCGCACAUCUUACGAUUAUUAUCUUGAGGCCACGGGUCGGCGUCGCAGCUCAGAUCACAACAGCACCGUGCUGACAGCCAACACGGAGCAGUUCAUAAUUGGCCAACGUGUGUGGGUGGGCGGACUGCGUUCCGGCCAGAUAGCCUACAUAGGCGAGACACACUUUGCGCCCGGCGACUGGGCAGGCAUUGUGCUCGACGAACCAAAUGGCAAAAAUGAUGGCUGCGUCUCGGGCAAGCGUUACUUCCAGUGCGAGCCAAAGCGCGGCAUCUUCUCGCGCCUCACACGGCUCACAACAUAUCCGCUGUCGGGCGCAAUGACGCCCACCUCGCCGCUGGCGAAGAACUCGCCGGAACGUUCGCGCACGGUCUCCCCAACGGCCAGCCUGCGCAGCUCCAUGCUGCGCAGCCCGGGCACGGGCAAGAAUGGUCUGACGGUGGGUGAUCGUGUGAUUGUCUCCUCGGGCUUUGGCAGUCGGCCGGGCAUUUUGCGCUAUCUGGGCGAGACACAGUUCGCACCUGGCAACUGGUGCGGCGUUGAGCUGGACGAGGCCAGCGGCAAAAACGACGGCGCCGUCGACGGCAUCAGAUAUUUUGAGUGCAAGCCGAAAUUUGGGGUCUUUGUGCCGAUUGCCAAGGUGUCGCUAUCGCCGUCCACAAAGAAGACGCGUUUGUCGCGCGCCGGCUCGCGCGAAUCUCUCACCUCGAUCGGCACCAUGAACAGCAUAGCCACAACAAACACAUCGCGUAUACGCAUGAAUGCACAGCGCAAAUCGAGCACGCCCAUUCGGCCAAUUGUAACGACGCCAAAAAGUCAAUUUUCCAUGCAGGACCUGCUGCGCGAGAAGCAACAGCACGUGGAGCAGCUGAUGGUGGAACGUGAUCUGGACCGCGAGGAUGCACAGAAUCAGGCGCUGCAGCUACAGAAGAACAUCAAUGAGCUAAAGGCACGGAUAAUGCAAUUGGAGUCGCAAUUGGGCGACGAGCGCAAGAAAUCGGAGGAGUUGCAAUUUACCAUAGAUGAGGCACAAUUCUGCGGCGAUGAAUUAAAUGCUCAGUCUCAGGUCUAUAAGGAAAAGAUUCAUGAUUUGGAAAAGAAAAUUACGAACCUAGUCUCAGCCACGCCCAGUUUACAGAGCGUGCCGCCUGUAGAGGAGAAAGGCGUCGAUCAGUCGGAGAUCGCCGCGUUGCAGGAGAAGCUUAGCGUGCAGGAGAAGCUGAGUGAGGCACGGCACACGGAGUCCCUGGAGGAGGAGCAGCGUUUGCGCGAGAACAUAAACUACCUGCAGAAUCAGAUCACAACACUUCAAGCGGAGCUGGUGGCCAAGGAUGAGAGCCUGGAGAAGUUCUCUCUGUCGCAGUGCGGCAUCGAGAAUCUGCGCCGCGAGCUGGCGCUGCUCAAGGAGGAGAACGAGAAACAGGCGCAGCAAGUCAAGGCCGACUUUGAGCGGCAGCUGGCGGAGAAGGCAGAGCAACUGCAGCAGGUCAGCGAAGAGCUACACAAACUGAAAUCCAGCUCCGAUACGCUGGAGAGCCAACGCUCGAGUGUCACAGACGAGUGCGAGAUUCUGCAGACUGAGAUUCGCUUGCGGGACGAGCAGAUCCGAGAGCUAAGCCAACAGCUGGACGAGCUAACGACGCAGCUGAACGUACAACUGGCCGACAGCUCCGCACUGGACGAGAUGCUCAACCGCAAUAGCAGCGACAGCAAAGCGCAGCUGGACCAGCUCAGGGCGGAGCAGCAGCUGCUGAAGGAAGCGAACGAAUCAUUGGCCAAGGAGAAGCGAGAACUGGAACAGCAGUUGGACAGCUUCAAGGAACAGUUGCAGGCCAGCGGCGAUAGUAAGACGCACCUGCAGCAGCAGCUGGCGGAUAAUGUGCAGCUGAAGGAGGCGAAGGAAGCGGCGGAGCAGAAGCUGCGCAGCGUGCAACAGGAUAUGGAGCUGCUGCAGCAAUCGACCCAGUCGCAACUGGAGGCUAGCCAAGCAGCAACAGUCGACAAGGAACUGAAGCUGGAGCAGCUGCAGCAGCAGCUGGAGGCGAAAACAAAACUAGUAAGCAGCCAGGAGCAGCUGCAGCAGAACCAGGUCAAGGAACGCGCCGAACAAGCCGCACAGCUGAGCCAAGCGAAUGCCCGGAUAGCGGAAUUGGAAGCCACGCUCACAGCGACGCAAACGCAGCUGGAACAACUGCAGCAACAGGCCACAUCGAGCGACAAGGCGGGCGCCCAACAGCUGGCCACGCUGCAGGCGGAACUUAGUCAGCUGCAGAUCAGGCAGAGCGCCGAGCUGCAGACGGCCAAGCUGCUGGAGCAGACGACGCGAGCCGCAUACGACAAGCAGACGGAGGAUCUGGAGGCGGCCAGGCUGCAACAGCAGCAAAUGGAGACGCAGCUGAAGGCCAGCGCGGAUGCCUGUGCCCAGCACGAGCUAGAACUGGGCGACGUGAGGCGCCAGCACGCGGCGCUGCUGGCCAAGUGCGAGACACAGCAGCAGCAGGCGCAGACGGUGCAGGCGGAGCUGCUGGCCGCACGCUCGGGCGCAGCACAGCUGCAGGAGACGCUGAAGCAGCUGAACGACGAGCUCCUGGUCAAGCAGCAAAGCUACGCCUCGCUGGAGAGCGCGAGCAGCGGCCAGCGCCUGGAGCUGGCCAGCGACAAUGAGUUGCUGCGGCAGACGAACGUUCGGCUGGAGCGGGAGCUGAAGGAGCUGCAGCAGAGCCUGGACAAGCUGCGAGCCGAGGCGGAGCAGAAGCAGAUGCAGCUCGGCGAACAGGAGCAGCUGGCCAUAGAGCGCGACCUGGCGCUGGGCGAUGCGGGCAGGCAGCACGAGCAGCUGGAGGCGCGCUGUCAGGCGCUGCUACAGCAGAACGAGACGCUGCAGCAACAGCUGUCGAAUCUGCACAGCAGCUCCACCGACUCCAAUGCCGAGCUACUGAAGCUGUCACAGCAGCUGCUGGAGCACCAGCAGGCCAACGAGCAACAGGCCACGAAGAGCAGCGAGGAGCGCGCCGGACUGGAGCGCCAAUUGCAGGCGAGUCAGCAGCGUCUCGAUGCGCUGUGUGGCCAGGUGGAGCUGCUGACGCAGGAGCUGGCCGGCAGCACGGAGCAGAGUGCGCAGCUCAGUGGCAAACUCAAGGCGGAGCAAGAGCUGGCCGCCAAGCAGGCGCUGGACCUAAGCGACGCCCAGCGCAAGCUGGAGGCGUCUACGGCCAAGUGCGUGCAGCUGGAACAGCAACAGGAGAAGCAGCAGCAGGAGCUGGCUAGCGUGAGAGCUGACAACGGCCAGCUGAACGCCAAGCUGAAUCAGCUAAACGAGCAGCUGACCACGGCCCAAAAGGAGCUCAGCACGCAGCAGGAUGCGAGCAGUGCGAAGGUCCUGAAGCUGGAACGAGAGCUGGAAGAGACGCGCCAGCAGCUGCAGGCCAGCCAAGCGAGCCAGGUCAGCGAGUCGGCUGCGCGGGAAAAACUCAAAGCGGAGGCAGGAGAAAGUGAGUCAAAAUUGUUGGAGCAAGUAAAGCAGCUGCAGGAGCAGCUAGCCCGGGAGCAGGCCGAGCAGCAGCAGAAGAGCAGCGAGAACGAGCAGGCCAUCAAGGAGCUGCUGGAGCGACUGGACAUAACGAACGCUGAGCUGCAGCACAAGGAGCAGCUGGCGCGCGAGGAUGCACAGAAGAUAGCGGACCUCAAGACCCUCGUCGAGGCCAUCCAGGUGGCCAAUGCGAACAUAUCGGCGACCAAUGCGGAGCUCUCGACGGUGCUGGAGGUGCUGCAGGCCGAGAAGAGCGAGACGGCGCACAUCUUUGAGCUGUUCGAAAUGGAGGCGGACAUGAAUGCGGAACGACUGAUCGAGAAGUUGCAGGGCAUGAAGCAGGAGCUCCAGGAGACCCACAGCCAACUCGACUCCCAGUUGAACAGCAACAAAGCGCUGGAGCAAAAGCUGCAGGAACUGCAGAAGAGCGAGGAGGUCUUGCAGGGCACAGCAGUUGAGGCGGCCGAGCAGCUGCGCCAGCUGCAGCAGUCCAAGGCAGAGCUGCAGGAUGCACUGCAGCAAAGCCAGGCAAAGCUGGCCGAGACGCAACAGCAGCUGCAAGCCCAUCAAAGCCAAUUUGAGCUGCAGCAGAGCAGCAUCCAGGAGCUGCAACAACAACUGCAGCGCGUGCAGCAAAGUGAGAAGGAUUUACAGGCAGCUGCCGCCAAAGCCGACGAGCAGCUGCGUCAACUGCAAGCCAUCUCGGCGGAGCAACGGCAGGCGCUGCAGCAAAAGCAGCAGCUGCUGGACAAAGGCAACGAAUUUGAUGCCCAGCUGGUGGAGUACCAAAAGGUCAUCGACGAAAUGGACGAGGCUUCCAGUGACAAGUCUGCGCGGCUAGAACAGCUGCAGAGUCGCGUUCACGAACUGGAGAUGGCACUGCACGAGGCCAAGGAAUCGGAGCAGCUGGCACACAUGGAAUGCCAGCAGAUGGCACGCAAACUGCAGUCCCUGGAGCUGGACGAGGCACGCGAGAUUAUGGCGAUGCGUGCCCAGGCCAAUGGCGCCUCCGCCAGCAGCCCCAUAGCCGGCGCGGAGCAGCUGGAUACGGAGACCAGCCUGGCAAAGAUUAACUUUCUCAACUCGAUCAUUGCGGAUAUGCAGCAGAAAAACGAUGCUCUCAAGGCCAAGGUGCAGACGCUGGAAACGCUGCCCAUGGAUUUCACCAAGCCGCAUGCUUUUGAUAUGCUGAGCAAGCGCAAGCCGGCACCGCGUCUCUUCUGCGAUAUCUGUGAUGAGUUCGACAAGCACGAGACGGAGGAUUGUCCUUUGCAGGCGGGAGAUGAGCGCGACUAUUCGCCGCCGCCGCCCGCCGAGGCCAACAACAACGAGAAGCAGCGCAAGUUGCCCACCCCGCGCAAAUACUGCGAUUCCUGUGAAGUUUUUGGACACGAUACGAGCGAGUGCGCCGACGAUGAGACCUAUUAGAGCUAAGAUAUUUUUGUUGGUUGUUUAUACACAGAU